GGUGAUGGCCGGCUCGCUGGGAGACAACGACAAGAUGGUGGCCGUGGCGUCGGGGACGGAGAUCAUCCUGUGGGCCAUCUGCCCCGACGGGAACGGAAACGAGAUCGGCGUCUUCAGUCUCAACGUGCCGGUGGAGGCUCUCUUCUUCGUUGGUAACCAGCUGAUCGCCACCAGCCACGCGGGGAAAGUGGGGGUCUGGAACGCCGUCACCAAACACUGGCAGAAUCAGGACGUGGUUCCCAUCAGCAGCUACGACACCGCCGGCUCCUUCCUGAUCCUCGGCUGCAACAACGGCUCCAUCUACUACAUCGACGUGCAGAAGUUCCCUCUGAGGAUGAAGGACAACGAUCUGCUGGUGACCGAGUUGUACAGAGACCCGACUGAAGACGCCAUCACGGCCCUCAGUGUCUACCUCACGCCCAAAACCAGUGACAGCGGGAACUGGAUCGAGAUCGCUUAUGGGACCAGCUCCGGGUCGGUCCGGGUCAUCGUUCAGCACCCGGAGACCGUGGGCUCGGGACCGCAACUCUUCCAGACCUUCUCCGUCCACCGGAGCCCCGUCACCAAGAUCAUGCUGUCGGAGAAACAUCUGAUCUCAGGUAAGAGCUACAGAAACACCUGAUCUCAGGUUCGAGCUACAGAAAC